AAUCAUUACUUUUGGAUUUAUAACGUAAAGUUAACUUGCAACAGGGUUCAUAUUUUAGGAAUUAGAAUGAAUAAGUCUAGAAACUAAUGUGAAGAUAAUGCAUUACUCUGGAGAUAUCACAAGCUUAAUAUUUGUGUUACUUUUUUGAUUCAGAAUACUUAUCAUGAGCUUAUUCCUGUUGACCCAAAAUGUAAAGAUCCCAUAACAAAUACUUUUCGAUGCUGUAGUAACUAUAGAACAAUUGGAGGAAAAUGUUACCCAUGCAUGGACUCAUUCGGAAUUGAAUGCAGCAAAUCAUGUCCUGAGGGAUACCAUGGUGUACAGUGUGAGGAAAAAUGUCCUUGUAAUACAACACAAUACACUGUUGGAUGUAAUACAACAACAGGGGCGUGUUUCAAUGAAACAAAUAAAAUCCAUAAUGUACGCGAAGAAAAUGGACCAAUGACAUGGAUACCCAUUUUAUUAGGUCUGCUUGGAAGUAUUGGAUCUCUCGCAGUUCUUUUUUUAACGCUCUACAUAAAAGAAAGGAAGAAAUUAGUUCAAAAUGAAACAGUUUUGGAGGAUCCACUGAGAAAGGAAAAUACAAACGAUGAUCAGGAACAAGACGAUUAUGACAACAUUAGAGAAUCCCGACUGGUUCUUGACGAUGAUAGUGCCUGUGGCGGACAGCAGAGGUUCAAAACUUUAGACAGAGUAAGCUACGCAAAGACAGGGAGCAUACAGAAUCCUUACAACCAGCUCAGCUUUAACAGACUUAAAAGUCGAACAAUGGACUUCAGGAAUGGUGAAUUAUAUAAUAUAUCUGAAACUGGUUCGCUUAAAAUGGACGUCGGCGACUAUGUAACUGUUGCAUCCGAUAAAGCCGACUCUGAACCUUUAAACUUAAAUGGCUCUAAAGAAGAUAAUGAUGAACCAUAUAGUAAUUACUACUGUGAUGUGGCAAACAGACAACCAAAGAAAAAGCAAUAUUGUGAAAAGGGGAAACAAAAUACUAAUACUAUUAUUUCAGAAAAGAAGCGAAGAAAUGAGUCGAAGGCUCAAAAUAGGAAACCAACAAUAAAACCAAAACCAGCACACCUUUGUUUUCCAAUGAAAAAUGAGAAUAACAAGCACAUAAACAAUAGACCAUAUAGUCUUGAGAAACAAUUAGACUGAAUUGAUAUUAAAAGAGAAAAUAAAAAAUUAUCAAAGUCUGAAAGUAAUAAUCGUUACAUUUUUUAACAGUAUGUGACACGUGGUUUUGAGGAAGUCAAACUCAAUGGUCAUGCGAUAAAUCACAUGAGAAACAACCGAACACGGAAACAUCAACUAGGAAAUUGUAAAGAGGAUCGUGAAAAGUGGAUCGCAGAAUGUGGUCUGCAAAAAUAAUAUUUUUUUCAAAUAAUAUUUUCAAGACAAACAGAAUACAGAAAAAAAAAUAAUACGACGCCUAUCAAAACAGUUGCCAUCGAAUGUGCAGAAAUGCAUACAGAUGACAGAAAAAAUUCAACGUUAUCAUGUCUUAUCCCAGAUGAAGUAAGGUUGUUCAGAGAGUAUCACAAAAAUCAUAACAAAAUUAUAUAAUGAAAAUCUGUAU